AUGUCGUCCCCAUCUGCCACCAAGCAUAUCAACUUUAAAGUCGGAGCCAAUGACUGGAAUAAGGCUUCCGCAAACUACGCAGCAAAUGUCUCCAAAACACCCAUGAGCAUCCCCAUAACCCGCCUCAUCGAAAUGCUCGACUCCCAUUCAUCCCUGUCAUCUGCAACCUCUAUCCUAGAUAUUGGAUGCGGCCCCGGCAGUGUGACUUCUCAACUCAUCUCUUCGCACCAUGCAACUCUGCCCACCACCACUCAACUUCUCGCCACAGACUUCAGCAGCGGGAUGGUGGGUGUUGUAUUCCAAGUGCGUGCCUCCAAACUCAACGAGUUGCAACAAGGCACAGAGAAGGAUACUUGGGCAAGAGUGACUCCUCUCGUAAUGGAUGCCAUGAACCUUGCACCACUACUCGACCACUCAAUCUCGCACAUCAUUGCCAAUUUCGUCUUCUUCAUGGUCGAAGAUCCAGUAAAGGCACUCAAGGAGACUCAUCGUGUGUUGCGGCCCAAUGGCGUGGGCGCAUGUUCAUCUUGGAGCCGCAUGCAAUGGAUGGAAUCACUCGCCAUUGCUGCCUCUCGUACCUUUCCAUCUCUCAAUAAGCCCACCCCUGAGAUGCCUACAGUCACUGCUUCGUGGACUAGUUGCGAGGGCGUGAGCGAGCAACUCAAAGCAGCCGGCUUCACAGAGACACACACCGAGUAUGUAGAGGCACCCAUCGUUAUGCCUGAUGUAGAGCAGUUUGCGCACUUCUUCUUGACCAGCGGAAAUCCUGCAGUCACUUGGAUUACAGAUGUCUUGGAUGAGCAAGAGGUCAAAGAGGUGGAGAAACAGUUUGUGCAGGUGGUCAAAGAGAAUUGCGAGAAGAACGACGAUGGCGCGUAUGUGCUUGCUGGUACUGCUGUUAUUGCUAUCGGUCGCAAGUAG